CCGAGUCAGAGCCGAGUCCUCAUCCCGCUGUGUUCGGUCCCUGCUCCGAGAACAAGCCGAGGUCCGGAGGCUCAGAGCGGAUUUAAACUGCACCGAGACCCGGGGACUGAACCUGGAUCCACUUCAAACCCGAAGACACGGAGCCGGGGUCUCGGCUUUGUUCGGCUUUGUUCGGCUGCUGCUGCUGCGGGUUUUUUUUUUUUUUUUUUAACUCUCCCAAAUAAGCUUAUUUAUCAGGAAAAGUUCGAUUUGUAUUUCUAGUUUUAAAUCUAAAGUUUAACUUUGAGCUCUGUUCGUCAGCCGGAGGAGGAAGCUCCGCGGCUGAAUGACUGACUGACGACAGGUUGCGCAACAGACACAAGAAUAAACUGAGACAAAGAGUCGGAGCUGCUGCUUUUAGUUUGUCAGUUCUUAUUUCUGCUCCUCACGCGGACCCACACGGACCGACAAGCCCACACACACCUCACUGCUGCCGGGGCCACGGGCCGCUGCAGCCCCCUCCACCCUCCACCAGCAAACUCAAGAUGAGCAUGAGCGUGGCCACAGCCCAAUCUCAAAUGUGUCUGAAGAGGUUAUUGGACGAGCCCCAGGAAAACUUUCUGAAAUGUAAACGACCGCGCCUGGCCCCGCCCCCUCUGGCGCCCGGUCUGUCACCCUGCGUGAGGUCCAGAAACCACGCCCCCAAGUCAAGCCAAAGCCAAUCUCCCUCCAGAGUCGGCUCCUACUUCCUGUUUGAACGCUGUGAGGGGGAGGAGACUUACAGGGCCGUGCAUGAGCACACGCAACAGCAGUUCACUUGCCAGGUACGUCCUCUGCGUGGCUACCAAGACCAGUUGGCCGCGUACGCUCGCAUUGGUCACCACGACAACAUCUGCAGCCUGCAGGACGUAGUGAUUGGCCAGGACAGCGUGUACAUCUUCCUCCCCAAUCACCAUGGCGACAUGCACGCGCACGUUCGAAGCAGGAAGCGCCUGGGCGAGGAGGAGACGGGACUCCUCUUCGGCCAGAUGCUGAACGCUGUGAUGCACUGCCAUCGCCACGGAGUCGUGCUGAGAGACCUGAAGCUGCGCAGGUUCGUCUUCACUGACAGAUUCAGGACUCGCCUCGCCUUGCUCGGCCUCGACGACUGCGUCCUCCUUCACGGUAACCAUAACAACGACUCUCUGACUGACAGACACGGCUGUCCUGCUUACGUCAGCCCUGAGCUGCUGACCAACGGGCGGGGGUCUUACUCUGGCCGCGCCGCGGACAUCUGGAGCCUGGGCGUGUCUCUGUACACCAUGCUGAUUGGACGGUACCCGUUUCAGGACACGCAGCCCGCCGCGCUGUUCACCAAGAUCCGCCGCGGCACCUUCAGUCUGCCCGACUGGCUGUCGCCUCGGGCCAAGUGUCUGAUCGGCUGCAUGUUGAGGAAGACGCCUGAGGAGAGACUGGAGGCGUCGGAGCUGCUGAUGCACCCGUGGCUGACCAAUCCCCGCACGCCACAUCACAACGUUCACAAGACGCAGCACGGCUCACACACAGCGCCACAGAAUAAACAAGAGGACGAUGACCAGGUGGUCCCAACAUGGACACAAAAACACUAACACACACACACACGUUUCUACUUCUAUGCUUGUGAGGACCUUCACUGAAAACACUCCCGAACACUAACUUUAAGAUCACAACUAAACAAAUAAGCUCCAUUUUAAGUUAAACCCUGAUGACGCUGUCACACAACAACUGUUUGGUUCAGUUAACACGAACUUUGCCUGUUUAUCUGAGUAUUGAUGGCAACUUGAAGGGAAAAAAACCUGAAGCAUUACGAGAAUAAGUUUGUGCCGUUUCGAGAAUAAAGUGGUAGAUUAUCUGCGUAAUAAUCAGAGAGGUUUCAUAGUUUCUCGAGAAGCAGUGAGACUGAUUGAAGAUAUUGGAACCAGAGCGAGUGAAGCUCAGGUUCUCUCUGCUGCUCAUUUCCUAAAAUUCUUACUUUUUUAUUUUUAUUUUAUAACUUUCUCCUCAUUUACAUUAUUUACAAAUUCUUUCUCCUCACAUAUCCCCCGAUACUCCACAAUACUUGUAGAAAGCUGAACCCUGAAUCUGAGUGAAACCAGAUCAACUGGACCCAGUCUGCCUGAAAUGUGACAAACAAACAACGAACAAAGUUGUGAUUUAUUUGUUUGUGUGAAAACAAGCGAAAUCUAAUUAAUUUGUAAUCUAAUAAUAAAAGCGUCUUUUUUUAGAUCAUAGAAAAUAUGAAUACACACUUAAGACACAUGUGCUGCUUUCAAUUACUGCACUUUGAUUGGCUGUGGGUCCUUGUAGCGCUGAUGAUGAAGCAGCCGUCCAAUCAAGUUUAUCAUUUGAAACAUCUCAAAGGCAGCAAGUUAUUUUCCCUCUGUUGUUUUGGACCAAAUUAACCAAACGACGUGUGAGAGCGACUGAAAACUAAACCUGAAUCUAUCUGUCACACACACACGAUGGUCCUCACAAAGAUAUAAAUAGAAGAACACAUGCAGACAGUCUGAUCCUGGAUUACUUGACCCUCACGUGCCUUCCUCUCUCUGCAGCUGCGUCUCACUUCCAGCUCUGAACUGGCUCCUCCCCAAAACGCCACAGGAUUCUUACCCCAGUCAGAAGUAACGGUGCGUUCAGGUGCUUCUCGCCAACUCCCAAAUUGAAAAAUCUGAGUGUUAAACAAGGGAAACAGAUCCAGCCAGAAUAACCUACAUAACCGGAUUUCUCUGAGUGACCGGUUGCUUCAGUGCAUGUAAACGUACAGUGAGAGUUGUUACAGCCUCUAUUCACGUCUGUUGUGAUGACAAGAACAAACUCUGUCUUGUCGGAUCAUUGACGUCCUGCAGGGACUAUUUCUUUGGUCUGUUUUUAAACACCUGGUCUGAUGGAUUCAGUUUCUGAUGCCUGGAGUUGGUGACGACUGUCUGGACAAACCACUUUCAGUAUUUAACCCCCGAUACUUCGUCCCCGGGAUUUAAGAGAAGGAGAUUCAGUAUUAAAAUAAAUCUAACUGACAUUGUUCAAAAAACUGAAAUGAUUAAUAACAGAAUUCAGUCGCCAGCAAAGAUUCAGAGUUAACGUUCAACUUUAGUGUCUCAUCCUCUUCUGAGGAUCCUGAUUUAAUUCC